UUUAUGAUCAGUAAGAUUGUUUUAAAAUAAAUUAAUACUUUUAUUCAUGGUACAAAAGAUUUCAAAUAAAUGUUGCUCUUUUGAACUUUCUAUUAAUCAAAGAUUUCUGAAAAACAUGUAUAUCAGUUUCCACAGAAAUAUUAAGCAGCACAACUGUUUUCAACAUUGUUAAUAAUAAGAAAUGUUUCUUGAGCACCAAAUCAGCAUAUCAGAAUGAUUUCUGAAGGAUCAUGUGACACUGAAAAUUCAGCUUUGUCAUCACAGGAAUAAAUUGCAAUAGAAAACAGUUCUUUUAAAUUGUAAUAAUAUUUCCCAAUAUUACUGUUUUUACUGUAUUUUGGCCAAAUAAGUGUAGCCUUGGUGAGCAUACGAAAGUUUCAAAAACAUUUUGAACAGUACUGGACUACAACACUAGUUUACUAUUAAACUAUAUUAUGUCUCUCUGUUCUAUUCCUUAUAAUAGUGCUGCAAACCUGAUGUUUGAAUUUUUUGGACGUUAUGAACAAGACCUAAAAAUAAAUUGGAAUAAGGAUCGUUGGGAAGUGAAUGGUUCAACCGAUCCACACCUGCCCAAUCGGUUCUUCAUCCAUCCAGACUCUCCUGCACCAGGAGAGAAAUGGAUGCAGUAUCCAAUCUCCUUCCACAAGCUCAAACUGACCAACAACACGCUCAACUCCAACGGCCUGGUGGUUCUCCACUCCAUGCACAAAUACCAGCCUCGUCUACACAUAGUCCAGUCUCCAGACCCCUGUAACCCUCACAACCCUGGCGGUUACCUGCGCUUCACCUUCCCUGAAGCUGCUUUUAUAGCCGUCACGGCCUACCAGAACCAGGAGAUUACAAAACUCAAGAUUGACAACAACCCCUUUGCCAAAGGCUUUCGUGACAAUGGACUGAACAGGAAAAGGUUUAGAGACAAGGAGACCCAAGAGACCCAGGAUUCAGAUGGACAGGUCAAACAAGAUUUGACACCAAAUGAGCAUGCAGUGGGACAGUCACAGAAAGACGAGGAUGUGGAUGUGACCGUGUCCAGCUCUGUUGACAGCAGCAGUACCCUACAUUUUUCAGAAGUGGCUUCAUCUGUCACCCCAAACCCUUUCAUAUCAGCCUUCAUAAACCUCAGCACGGUUGGAGCACCUUCACCCCAGCAGACCCACACCAUUCUCAGCCUCAGUAACAGACACCUGAACAGUCCCAGAGAAGCCAGACCCUCCAGCCUCCAUAAUCUUUGUGCAUCUCUGCCCAUGGCCCAGAGCUCCUGUGUCCAGUCCUCCACAGCAGACACCAACCUCAGCCGACUGCCAUCUCAGAUCAGCAGCCCUCUAAACCCUCAGCAGCACCAUCACCACCACAGCAGCCCAGCCUCUCAAACCCCUGGCAGAUCCAUAAUCCAGCUCCAGCCUUAUUUUCUUACCCCUCCCCAUCCCUCAAGGCAAUGUCCUGACGUGGAGCUGCCCCUUCCUCUGCCUCCUAAACUAAGUCGGAUGCAACUUCCUGAAAGUGCUCUGAGGAACCUGGAGAUGACCCCAGUCUCCGACUAUGUUAAUCCAAGACCCCUCACUGACAUCCUCAACAGGAUCCAUUUUCGACCGUUAGCCUCUGGACCAUCAGGGAAAGGCCUGCAAAAUCCCCCCCACCCUGAGCAGUACCUCCGUGGGUCAGAACGAGAGCUGCUCCCGCAGAUUUAUCCAGCUGUUCAGGAAUACAUUGAUCAACAAUUCACAUUAAACAGCAUGCUGAACAACCAGACUGAACACAGAUCACAGAUGGACUAUGUCAGUGCCAGACCAUUAACUGAAUACUAUAGUGAACAGCAGACUGGGAAAUGAAGUUUAUCUGUCAUCAUCUAAUUAUGCCUCAUUUUGUCCAGCAGAGACUGCACUGCUCCAAUCUGUUCCCCUCUGCAUCACUAGUUUACGAAACAGAUGUUGAACACUAAUGGCUUCCCAACAGAAGAAUGUAAAUAUUAUUUUCAGUGCGAUAUGAGGUUGUUUGCUGUAGCUGAUGUCCAUAUUUAUGUUUUGCAAUUACUUGAGCCGUUUGUUACUAAACUUUAAAGUGAACAUGAAACCAAAGUUCACUGUAUUUACUUUCUUAAUCAAUGUUUCUGGUGUAUAUUAUAUUCUUAUUAUUUGUUUUAUCAUCUCUGUAAUCUUUAAUCUGAAUGAAAUGAUUUUCCGUUUCUGUUAACAUCAUUUAGGCUGCACAGGCUAUUGAAUAACACCAACUAGUAGCAAAACUGGCAUCCGGCCCCACUCCAUCUGGUAUGCGACACACACUUUAAUCCAAACAAUUCCCAUCAAACUUUUUUCCCUUUGAUUAUCCAGUUUCACUUUGAAAUAUGUCACAUUACAAAGCAAGAUGAAGUGUGGACUGAAAUUCAUGAUGUUGAAAGAAAUCUAGACCAUAAUCACACUUUUGCUGUCUCCAUCAUGUCUGAUCUUCUAUGCGUUGCCUUUUUUUACAAUAAACCUAAAUACUGUGUUCUGCA